UGAGGCACUAUCUGGAGAAAGAAAUGAAGGAUGGAUAUCAAACUUUUCAGAGCAAGAAGACAAACCCAUCUCCAAUUUUCAUUCUUUCUCUUGCCCGCGAUAUUAUCCACAUGCUAUUCUCUCUCUCCACCCAAAUUACGCAAAUUUCACCCAUUAUUGUUCAACGCGAAUAUAUGCUACAGAUAUAAGAAUCUUCGUCCAAAGCAAAAAGUAAAGCGAUUCCCCAAUUUUCAAGCUGGCAUGGCAUGCUGUUGUUCAUGCCACUACAAUUUCGUCGCCGACAUGAAUCGAGCAGCUGGAGCCGCAUCCAUAGCUUAUAAGACCCAUUUCUCUACUCUUUCUAUCGAUAAAUUCCCAAGAACUCCCAAGAAUCCUCGGCUCGGAUUUGGGUUUCUGUUUCGGAGAAAGGAUCGAUUGUUUAAACGGCAGUUUGGGUUUAUAGCAUGUGCAGAGAUCCCUAAACCCUUCUCCCCAAACAUCGGACUUGAUUCUCAGCCCUAUGAGCUAUCACAGUUAUCUUGGAUUGGUCCGGUUCCAGGAGACAUUGCAGAACUUGAGGCAUACUGUAGAAUCUUUAGAGCAGCUGAACGCCUCCACAAUUCAUUAAUGGAUACACUUUGCAAUCCCAUAACAGGUGAAUGUAAGGUUUCCUAUAGCUUCCCUUCUGAAAACAAUCCACAAUUGGAAGACAAAAUAGUUUCAGUACUUGGUUGUAUGGUAUGUCUUUUAAAUAAAGAAAAAGAGGAUGUUCUUUCCGGAAGAUCAUCUAUUGUAAACUCUUUCCGUGUUAAAGAUGCAAGUUUAAUUGAAGAUAAGCUUCCACCACUUUCCAUCUUUAGAGGAGAGAUGAAAAGGUAUUGUGAGAGCUUACACGUUGCUCUAGAAGAUUUUCUUACAGUUGAUGAUGACAAAAGAAGCUUGAAUGUUUGGAGAAAUUUGCAGAGAUUGAAGAAUGUCUGUUAUGAUUCUGGAUUUCCUCGUUCUGAUAACAACCCUUGCAAUACUUUGUUUGCGAACUGGAAACCGAUCUAUUUUUCCUCAGAGAACAAUGAAUCAGACCCCUCAGGGGAUUCUGGAGUUGCUUUCUGGAGUGGCGGGCAAGUAACAGAAGAAGGUUUAAAUUGGUUAUUAGAGAAGGGAUUUAAAGUAAUAGUAGAUCUUAGAGAAGAAAUCAUUAGAGAUGAUUUCUAUCGAGCUAGAUUGGAUAAUGCAGUUUUAUCUGGUGAAAUCGAACUGAUCAAACUCCCUGUUGAAAUUGGCAGGGCACCUUCAAAGGAACAGGUUGAGCAGUUCUCUGCUUUACUGAUGGAUACUUUAAGAAAACCUGUUUAUCUCCACAGUAAGGAAGGAUUUAGGAGAACUUCUGCCAUGAUUUCGAGAUGGAAGCAAUAUAUGACGCAUUACAAAUCUCAAGUAGAUGAUGCAAUACAAAUUUUGGAUUCAACAAAUGGUUCUGCUAGUGAAUUUCAAACCCAAGUUUCUUCCUUGACUCAAAACGAUGAUCAAAUCAACGAUACUGCUUUCUCGGUUGGAAUAGACCCUUUCAAGUCGCAGUUACCUCCUUGCAAUAUCUUUUCUAGGAAAGAGAUGUCCAAUUUUUUCAAAAGCAAUAAGGUAUCUCCUCUGAUUUACUCCAAAAAUAAGGUAAUAAAGUUGGAGGACCCAUUAAAAUCUUACAAUGGGACAACUCAGAAAACUGAGAUUGCUAAGAGCAAUCAAGAACAGGGAUUUGUAGAAUCCAAAAUUUCGAAUGGAUUUGUUGGGAGUUACGAUCGUGUUCGUUCUCCACUUACUGUGAACGGAACAGCUAGUUAUAAUACCAGUUCAACAGCCGAAUCGGAUGAGGGAAAUGAAUCUCCAGGUGAAGAAGAGGUGAGGGAAACGAGUCUGGCCAUGUUUGAUUCAGAUAGUUUAGUCCCAAUUGAUAACAAUAUGUGUGCUUCUGAAACUGGGGUGGUGAGAAUACAAUCUAGAAGAAAAGCCGAAAUGUUCUUAGUUCGAACAGAUGGAUUUUCUUGCUCAAGAGAAAAAGUAAUGGAAUCGUCCUUGGCUUUCACCCAUCCAAGCACCCAGCAACAAUUGCUUAUGUGGAAAUCACAGCCAAAAACUGUCCUGUUGCUGAAGAAGCUUGGUCAAGAACUUAUGGAAGAAGCUAAAGAGGUGGCUUCUUACUUGUAUCACCAAGAGAAAAUGAAUGUUCUUGUUGAACCAGAAGUGCACGACAUUUUUGCUCGAAUUCCUGGAUUUGGAUUUGUUCAGACUUUCUAUAGUCAAGAUACUAGUGAUCUUCACGAAAGGGUUGACUUUGUAGCAUGCCUGGGUGGGGAUGGGGUCAUAUUGCACGCAUCAAAUUUAUUCCGAGAUGCUGUUCCUCCGGUGGUAUCAUUUAAUCUUGGAUCCCUUGGAUUUCUCACAUCUCAUAGUUUUGAAGAUUAUAGGCAGGACUUAAAACAAGUUAUCUAUGGGAGCACAUUGGAUGGUGUUUACAUAACACUUCGCAUGCGCCUUCGAUGCGAAAUAUUUCGUAGAGGAAAAGCAAUGCCUGGUAAAGUUUUUGAUGUUCUCAAUGAGAUUGUUGUUGAUCGCGGUUCAAAUCCUUAUCUUUCCAAAAUUGAAUGCUUCGAACAUGACCGCCUUAUUACUAAGGUGCAAGGUGAUGGAGUCAUUGUCGCCACUCCUACUGGUAGCACUGCUUACUCCACGGCUGCAGGAGGUUCCAUGGUACAUCCAAACGUUCCUUGCAUGCUCUUUACGCCAAUCUGCCCGCAUUCACUCUCAUUCAGACCUGUUAUACUUCCAGAUUCAGCUCGGCUUGAAUUAAAGAUACCGCAAGAUGCAAGAAGCAAUGCUUGGGUGUCUUUUGAUGGGAAGAGAAGACAACAGCUCUCACGGGGCGAUUCCAUCAGGAUUUGCAUGAGCAAACAUCCAUUACCGACAGUUAACAAAUAUGAUCAAACGGGUGACUGGUUUCGUAGCUUGAUUAGAUGCCUCAAUUGGAACGAGAGACUUGACCAGAAGGCCUUAUGAAUCCUAUUAAACAUUACUUUUUUUCUUUGGUCAUAACAGCUUCAUGAUGUAGAUAAUAGAAUAUCUGUACAGAUUCUGUAUACGAAUUAGCCAUAUUGCUAUAGUACGAGCCUCUAAAAUGUACUAUACUCUUUAUUCCUCAAA